AUGAGUAAUGAGACAUGGUGCGAUAGGUCAGUGUGGCCGGAUGUGAGCGUCGCCAGCGGCGGGGUCUCGUUUUUGACCUCUUUUGUUGCGCAAAUCCCCCAGUUGAUCGAGACGUACCGGGACAAGAGCGUCGAAGGGCUUUCGGCCGGUUUCUUGUUGUGCUGGCUCUUUGGCGAUAUAACCAGUUUGUUUGGGGCUGUCAUGACCAGACAGCUUCCGUUCCAGAUACUAUUGGCCGUGUACUACUUGACGAACGAUGUAGUUAUAUGCGGGCAGUACUACUACUAUGGGAUAUUGCACAAGAACCAGUUGGCUACGCCGGGUCACGAGUCGGCGACCAUGGAGGAGCGGCUAUUGUUGGUACGAAGCCGGGGGUCGAACCCGAGCGUACAUUUCAACAUGAAGCGUCGCCAGGGCUGGUGGAGAUGGCUCGCGACGCUCGUCGUGGGCCAGAGCGGGGCGGCAACCGCAAUGCCAUUGGCAAUGCCAAUGGCACUGGUGAGCCGCGCAAUCUCGGUUUCCAAUACCGCCACCACCACCACCACCACCACCACCACCCCAGAAGAACCCCACACCAGCAUCCCAGGCCAGGUGUUUUCGUGGGUCGGAGCGAUGGCCUACUUCUACGCAAGAAUACCACAGCUCAUCAAGAACUACAGACGCAAGAGCACAGACGGCCUCUCGCCGCUACUAUUCGUGUGCACGCUACUGGCGAACGUCACAUACACACUGUCCAUCUUCACCUCUUGUUCGUUCUUGACCAGUGACGACAAGCACGAGUUCGUCAUGAACGCGCUCCCAUUCAUUGUCGGAAGCGCGGGCACCAUCGUCUUCGAUUUGACCUACUUCUACCAGCACUACGUCUUGUAUGCGGACGACAACAUAAUCAGACGCCUCGAGUCUGACGAGUACAUGCCCUUAAUAUCAUAG